AUGGUCAGUGAGCGGGAUAUAGAGGUUGACCCAGAUAAGAUCAAUGCCAUACUUGACAUGCCUGUGUCGAGGACUGAGAAAGAGAUCAGAGGUUUUCUAGGCAAGUUACAGUACAUCAGUCGUUUCAUAGCAAGAUUGAUAGACAUAUUGCCUCCUAUGCUAGGACGUCCACUUCUUCUGUACUUGUCAGUUUCAGACAUGGCCUUGGGAUGCAUGCUAGCUCAACUCGAUGACUUCGAGAAGGAGCAAGCUAUUUACUAUUUGAAUUCGUUGAGGUAUUUGUUUGACAGACCCGCAUUGACUGGUAGAUUGAUGAGAUGGCUCAUACUUCUGAAAAAGUUUAAUAUUCAUUAUGUUUCUCAAAAGUCUAUUAAGGGAAGUAUUGUCGCUGAUUACUUGGUCUCAUUAUCAAUAACUAAGAGUAGACCAGUUGACGAUGAUUUUCCAGAUGAGGAGUUCAUUAUUAUGACUAGCUUAUCAGGUUGGCGUAUGUACUUUGAUGAUGCAGCCAACCACUCAUGGUUUGGGAUAGGUGUUUUGUUGAUAUCCCCCCAAGGUGAUUAUAUUCCGAGGCCAGUUCGCUUGACGUUUUUAGAUCAAUAUCCAACCACGAACAACAUAGUUGAGUAUGAGGCUUGUAUUCUUAGUUUAGGGACUACAUUGGAGCUUGGCAUUAGACAAAUGAAGGUAUUUGGUGACUCCAAUCUCGUACUUAGACAGAUUCAGGGUGAUUAG